UGCGCUCUUUUUUUAACCAAUAUUACAGGAUUAUUUUUUUAUUUUGUAAAGCUUUUUCUCUCUCACCCCCAUAGAUUAAACGAGGACACGCUGCUGGCUUGGUGUAUGUGUUUAGAAUGGGACACGCUGCAGGUCCAGUCAAAGAAAAAGACAGUUAAGGAUGCAGGAGCCCAACAAUGGAUUUCUCCUUCUCUUUCAUGCAAGGGAUCAUGGGAAAUACAAUUCAGCAACCCCCUCAGCUCAUUGACUCCGCCAACAUCAGACAGGAAGGCACCUGCGACACCGGCAGUGACCCGGGCGAGGAUGGUGGUCCCUCCUACGAUGCUGCCCUGGAUGCGGAGUUUUCUUACCCGCCGUCAGCCUCGGAGGACAUGCCGCAGGUCUCCAACGGCUACCCGCCGGGACUCGGCAUGUACGAGCCGCAGGCCAAGUUCUCCAUGUACUCGCAGUUCCCCAAUGGCUCAGCUAACGGCUACGGGCGCUACAGCGAGCAUGGCCUCAUGCCGGGGGAGGGGACGGUCCUGAGAGGCCCAGGCCUCCAGGAAAGACCCUUAUCCCCUGUGUCGCCACCACUGCCCACGCAUCACCCUCACCUCCACCACCACCAUCACCACCCGCACCACCACCACCACGCGCAUCUCUUUCACUCAAACCCGUCUCACAUACAAACCCACCCGCACCCACAAAGCCCUCCGCCGCCAUUGCCCUCCCAGCACCACCUGCCCCAGACGCCUCACAUCAUGACCCACACUCUCCCGCCUCCUCCGCCAUUACACUUGCCCUCCUCCAGCCCUCCGCCCUCUCUCGUGGACAGCACACCUUCUUCUCAGCCCUCACACACCCCGUCCAACACCCCCGGUGGGGUGCUGAAGAAAACCAGCUCUCCGGAGAUCAAGCUGAAGAUCAUCAAGACGUAUCAGAAUGGCAAAGAGCUGUUUGAAUCUGCUCUGUGUGGAGACUUGCUGCAAGAACUGCAGAAGGAUUCUCAGAAGAACGAGGCCACUCCGAUGCAGCGCAGACAUGAGAGGAAGAAGGAGAAGAGGAAAAAGAGUGCAAGACUGCAGCUGCAGCUCCAGGAACAGAGCUUGGACCAGGUCCAAACACAGGCAGGUAUCACGGGUCAGACGGAGGACACCCACGUCCAGCCGCAGCUGAGAGAGACACCCGCGGCCCCGGCAGAGAAACCCCAGAAGACCGUCAUCAAAACCGAACCAAAGACGCCAAAGGUUCCGAAGGUCCAUCACCCUUCAGUGAUCCAAGAGACGGGCUUCUGUAAGGAGUUUGUGAUAGGAGAUCUGGUGUGGUCCAAGGUGGGCACCUACCCAUGGUGGCCCUGCAUGGUCUCCUCUGACCCGCAGAUGAAGGUCCACACGCGCAUCAACACCAGAGGUCACAGGGAGUAUCACGUCCAGUUUUUUGGCAGUGUGGCGGAGCGAGCAUGGAUCCAUGAGAAGAGGAUAGUCAUGUACCAGGGGAAGCAACAGUUUGAUGAGCUUCAGGCUGAAACUCUGCGCAAGGCCUCAAACCCUGUCGAAAAACACAAACUCCUGAAACCCAUCCCUCAAAGGGAGCGUUCUCAGUGGGAAGUGGGUGUGGGCCACGCCGAGGACGCCUUCGUGAUGUCGCGGCAGGAGCGCAUUGACAACUAUACCUUCAUUUACGUUGAUCCAGACCCUCGUGAGGGCCCUUCAGCCAAGAAACCCACCAUCAGAGCGGAGAAAAGAAACCGGCGUUCUAGCGGCUCAACCACCAAGAAGGAGGAAGGAGGAGUCAAGUCACCAGAGAGAGAACAGCCACCACGAAGGCUGCUACCACGUAGGCAGUGUAGUAUUUCAAAUACAGACGACAACACGAACUCCCAGGCAUCAAACGAGGAGAAGAACCAGAGGGGGGACGUGAGUAAAAUUGGCUCCCCUAAACAGAAUGCUGGUUCUGAUGCACGAGCACGGCAGGAUUCCCCACCACCAGUCAGAGCGUGGAAAACUGCCGCAGCAAGAAAGCUGCUGCCUCUCUCCAUCACCAUGAAGAGGCUCAAUGUGGAGAUCACAAAGUGUGACUGGCCUCUGCUGCAGAAGAAAGCAGCUGCCUCUCCGAAAAAAGAAGAGGAGAAAGAGGAGAGAGUGGAGAGAGAGGCCAGGCAGCCCGACCUGGGAUACUGCUCACCUGAGGACAGCAGGGCUAAACCGGAGCCCAGUCCAGAGGAGGAAGAAGACGGGGAUGACGCGGAGGAAGAAGGGGAGGAGAGGAGAGAAUCCCCCGCCAGUCGGAGAAGUGAGGAGGGAGGAAUGCAGCAAAACUCCUCUCCUGGCUCACACCACAGUAGUCCACAAGGUUCUCAGGAGAGGAAGCUGCAGCGGCGGUCAGUCAGGAGCAGGUCUGAGUCAGAGAGAGGCAACGACCCCGUCCCUAAAAAGAAAACCAAAAAGGAACAGGCGGAGAUGGCUCCUGAGACCACACUGAGGACAGGCUCACAGAAAGGUGCCAGUGAGAUCUCCGAUGCCUGCAAGCCACUGAAGAAGCGAAGCAGAGCAUCAACAGAUGUAGAGAUGGCUUCAUCUCAGUAUAGAGACACCUCUGAUUCUGACUCUAGAGGCCUCAACGACCCGCAGGGUUUAUUUGGGAAGAGUCUUGAUAGUCCAGCAGCUGCUGAUGCAGACGCUUCAGAUACUCAGUCUGUGGAUUCUGGUUUGUCUCGUCAGGACAGCAGCACGGGGAAGAGGGACACCGUCUGCCAGAUCUGUGAGGUGUAUGGAGAGAGUUUGGUGGUGUGUGAAGGAGACUGCAGCAGACAGUUUCACCUGGAUUGUCUCGGUCUGACGUCCCUACCUGAAGGCAGGUUCACCUGUCUGGAAUGCAGAAAUGGCAAUCAUCCAUGUUUCAGCUGUAAAACAGCAGGACGGGAGGUGACACGCUGCUCUGUGUCUGGAUGUGGCUGUUACUACCACGAGGAUUGUGUCCGUAAACUCCCGGGCACCACCAGCAAUUCGGGCGGAGGCUUCAGCUGCCCUCAGCACAGCUGCUCUACCUGCUGCCUGGAGAGAGACGUGCAGCGAGCCAGCAAAGGUCGUCUGAUGCGUUGUAUCCGCUGUCCGGUGGCCUAUCACACGGGAGACAGCUGCGUGGCGGCGGGCAGCGUCGUCCUCACCCAUCACAUCAUGAUCUGCAGCAGCCACGGCAGCACCAAGAGGAACGGCCUCCUCACCUCGCCCGUCAAUGUGGGCUGGUGCUUCCUGUGUGCCAGAGGGCUGUUAGUGCAAGACCUUACUGACACCAUAUUAAGUUCAUAUGCCUAUAAGUCCCACUACCUUCUGACUGAGUCAAAUCGUGCUGAGUUGAAAUUACCUAUGAUUCCCUCUCCUUCGUCAGCUACCAAAAAGAAUGUUGGGAAAGGAGGCAAGUUGCUGUGCUGCGACUCAUGCCCAGCUUCCUUCCACCCGGAGUGUCUGGAGAUGGAGAUGCCGGAGGGGGCGUGGUCCUGCAGUGAUUGCAGGGCAGGGAAGAAACCUCACUACAAACAAAUUGUCUGGGUCAAACUGGGUAACUACAGGUGGUGGCCAGCAGAGAUCUGCAACCCUCGCUUGGUGCCAUCCAACAUUCAGAGCCUUCGCCACGACAUCGGUGACUUCCCCGUCUUUUUCUUCGGUUCCCACGACUACUACUGGAUCAACCAGGGCCGCGUCUUCCCCUACGUUGAAAAUGACAAGAACUUUGUCACGGGUCAGAUCAAUAUCAAUAAAACCUUCAAGAAAGCUCUAGAGGAAGCAGCCCGGCGGUUCCAGGAGCUCAAGGCCCAGAGGGAGAGCAGGGAGGCUCUCGAGCAGGAACGGAACUCUCGCAAACCUCCACCCUACAAAUUCAUCAAAUCCAACAAACCUGUGGGGAAAGUGCAGGUGCACGUUGCUGACUUGUCAGAAAUCCCACGAUGCAACUGCAGAUCAACAGACGAGCAUCCCUGCAGCCUCGACUCACAGUGUCUCAACCGCAUGCUGCAGUACGAGUGUCAUCCACAGGUGUGUCCUGCAGGAGACAACUGUGAGAAUCAGUGUUUCUCCAAACGGCUGUAUGCAGAGACAGAGGUGAUGAAGACAGAGGGACGAGGCUGGGGCCUCAGGACAAACCAGGCUCUGAGGAAGGGCGACUUUGUGACUGAAUAUGUAGGAGAAGUUAUUGACUCAGAGGAGUGCCAGCAACGAAUCAAGCGCGCCCACGAGAAUCACGUGACCAACUUCUACAUGCUCACCCUCACCAAGGAUCGUGUGAUCGACGCCGGCCCAAAAGGAAAUUCAUCUCGGUUCAUGAACCACAGCUGCAGCCCCAACUGUGAAACCCAGAAGUGGACAGUUAACGGAGACGUUCGCAUCGGACUCUUCACCCUCUGCGAUAUUGAGGCUGGCACCGAGCUGACGUUUAACUACAACCUGCACUGUGUGGGCAACAGGAGAACGUCGUGUCACUGUGGAUCAGAUAACUGCUCUGGGUUCCUCGGGGUGCAGCCGACGAGUGCCGUGGUGAUGGAGAAAGAGGAGAAGGCCAGGAACGCUAAGCUGAAGCCUAAGAAGCGGAAGCUGCGGCCGGAGGGCAAACAUGCACAUGAAUACUUCUGUUUCUGCUGCGGAGAGGGUGGAGAGCUGGUGAUGUGUGAUAGGAAGGACUGUCCGAAAGCGUACCACCUGCUGUGUCUCAACCUCACCAAGCCGCCAUAUGGACGCUGGGAAUGUCCGUGGCACGACUGCAGUAUUUGCAGCUCCCCGGCCUCGUCUCUCUGUGACUUCUGUCCUCGCUCGUUCUGUCGGGAUCACGAGACGGGGGCGCUCACCGCCUCCUCGCUCGAGGGCCGCCCCUGUUGCUCCAGUCACAACCCUCUCAGCCCCCUGGACUCCAACCCCAUCUCGACUCAGCUGCGCCACCCUGCUCUGAGCCCCGUUAGGGUCAAAGAGGAGCCCGAGACAGAUCUGGGCCAGCCGGCAUCAGAGUGACGCAGCAGCUCCCUCAAUACCUCAUUCCCUGUAAAGUACACUCCUGUUGGCCAGAGCCUCCCAGGGCUCCAGUCCACCUCUGAUCUGAAGCAGUGCACUACGAAAGGGAAUUCAGUGCUUUUGACCAGCGUGAUGGCCGCUCUGCAGAGUCGAAACACUCCAAUGAACACCUCGAUGCCGCUUGUGGAGAAAGCAGAGCGAUUGGGGUGUUGGCAGGGGAAGUGACCAGGCAUCAUUGUGCACCGUUUCCCUCCUCUCUUGCCAUAAACGCCACUACUAACAAUCUCUACAGCUCGCCUGCGCCCCCCGAAGGGCCCAGACCACCACCUCAUUUUGUUUCUUUUUUAAUUUUUACAGCUGUGGAAAUUUUUAAGUGUUGUCACGUUGUUAGUUACCGGCACUUUGAAGAACUCGACGAGUGAGGUGGAGGGAGAGGUAGAGAGAGGAGAGAGAGGAGGUGUGAGGUUGAACCUCUCCACCUCGCUACUCCUCUCUCGGUUUACCUGCUGUACGCUGUGGUCGGCAUCCGUCACACACACACACACAUGCACACACACACACCUCUAAAGCCGAUCAUCACUCCUGACGUGAUCCGUCAUGGUAUUUAUCUCUUCUUCUCGGAGAAAAAAGAGAGGGGGGGGGAAUGACCGAUUUUUGUGCAAUUUUUUUCAGGACCACACUACAUUCCAACCUUCCUUAAACAUGGUUUUAAUAUACUUAUGGGUAUAGAUGAAUAUAAUUAUAUACGUAUCUAUGUUUGUUAAUGUUUACAGACAGAUUCUCUCACUUCAUCUCAGUGAGUGGUGUAUUAUGUUUGUUUGUUUAGGUGUUAAGCAUUACGCAGACCUCCUUGUGAAAAUAGUCCUAUUAAGGUGAAAUACUGUAUAAUGGUAUAUAGUGUAAUGGUAUGACAUUACAGAAGUACUUGUGGUUUUCAUAUUGCCAGUCUCACUUGCCAUUGUGUACAUAAUUGGCUCAUUAUAUUGUAAAGUACAGAUCGGGAGGGAUGGAGUCUCGCCUCUCCAGUUGUUCCUGGAGGA